UAAUCGUGUUACAGUAAUUCUUAUAAUUUUAACUAACAACAUCAGGUCUGCAUUGUUAGGAACCAUUUCAAAGAUGGCAACGAAAGACGAAAUAGAGGUGGAUAAAUUCCGAUCGCAAGCGAUUUUCUCGUAUACCUUUGACAAUGUUGGACCAAAUAAUAAAGCACAAACAUCAGAGCCUUUCUAUGUCCGUAUGCUGCCAUGGAGUAUAUUGAUCGUACCCCAUAAUAGGGCAUUAGGCGUCUUUCUUCAAUGCAAUGCUGAUAGUCGUGAUACCUCCUGGUCAUGCCAUGCCAUCGCCAAAUUGAAUCUCGUAUGUUACAAGCCGAAUGCGAAACCAUAUACCUGCAACAAAAUCGAUCGUUUAUUCAACUUAAAAGGCACAGGUUGGGGCUUGCCCGAUUUUAUAACCUGGGAGGAACUGAACAAUCCGGACAACUGCUAUGUUCACAAUGACAGUAUUACAAUCGAAGUGCAUGUUAUUGCCGAUGCUCCGCACGGAAUAAAAUGGGAUUCCAAGAAGCACACCGGAUACAUUGGUUUAAGGAAACGAGAAUGCACAAGAGACAUAAAUUCGGUGCUGCAGAUGUUGUAUUUUACAAACGCACUCCGUUCGGCUGUUUAUCAAAUGCAGACGAAUGUAGAUAUAGGUGAUGAAAGCAAAUUUGUGGUUUUCCACCUGCAGCGUAUUUUCCAUGAACUGCAGUUCGGUGAUUGUCCCGUGGACGCCAAGAAGCCAAUACUUUCGAUUUUAUUCGAAGACUUGAAAUCGUUUAUGCCGUGUAAUGCUCAAGAUUUUUUGUGUAAAACGAUCCACAACUUGGAGACAGCUAUGAAGGACACCAGCCUGGAAGAUACAAUUCCAGGGCUUUUCAAGGGAAAAAUGACGUCAUUCUUUAAAUCAACGCAAUAUUUCAACUCUACUAAAACAUUCGACGAAACUUUCUACGAUAUUAAACUUAAUAUCGAAGGCAAGAAGAACAUCUAUGACUCCCUCAAGGACUAUAUCGCCACAAAAAAAGUGGAUCAUGGCAACAGCAAGUGCCCCGAAAUGCACUGUCACCAGGCAAGCAAGAGAGUCAUAUUCACAUCAUUCCCUCCGGUGUUGCACAUAUACUUGAAUCGUUUCCAAUUCAAUCCAGUUACAAAUGAAUUAAUCAAAGACAAUAAUCGUUUUAAGUUUUAUGACGAAAUCCAUCUCGAUGGUUUUUUGGCCGAGCGUGAAAAAACACCAGCCGAUUAUGUUCUCCAUUCCGUACUCGUACACUCGGGCGAUAAAUAUUGCGGUCAUUAUGUAGUCUUCAUAAAUCCAAAGGCUGAUGGACGUUGGUUUAAAUUUGAUAACGAAUUGGUGUCCCGUUGCCAAAAGGAAGAGGCCAUCGAGCAAAAUUACGGCGGAAAGGAUGAUGAGAUCUUGCUUCGUGAUAAAGACAGCAGUGUCUACAUGCUCGUCUAUGUACGGAAAUCGGAGAUAGAUCGUGUAUUAUGCGAUAUACCUGAAAAAGAGAUAUUCAACGAUCUAAUAGAGCGUCUUGAUUUGAAGCAUCGCAUGGAGCCUAAUCUCGAUAUACCUAUCCCAGUCAUGCUCAAGGACUACUUUGAGUCGCAAGAAGAGCGUCGUCUCAUCGAAUUGGAACAGAUAUUUAAGCGUCCGUUAAAGGUAAGGCCAAUUCAAACCGUCAAGGAUAUGGUCGAAAUGUUGGUCACAGCAUUUAAUCUGCCACGCGAUCGCAUGCGAAUGUGGGACAUGUGGGACCGGUCCAUCAAGGAGAUACCCAAAUCUCAGAGGAUACCCAACACUAAUAAGCCCAUCAAGAAAGAAAGUCACCCCGAGGAUAAUAAGUUUAUCACAAGCAACGUGUCACAACUAAACUCUGUUGCUGCUCUUGAUGGAACUUCUGUUGCAGCUCCCACUGUUGCCACAUUCAAUGCCACCUCGUCGGGUUCCUCGACAAAAGCGACAAUUGCUAUCCCCAACCCAGAUGAUGCCUUCUUUUUGCAAUAUCUGGGCAACAAGCUCGGGGAAUACUCUGCGAAUACCAAAAAUAUCAUACAAUUCCAUUUUUAUCAAAUUCUCUUUAAGGCCGAUAUGGGUUGUUAUGAUAAUGCCGAUGCAUCCAAGGAAUCAGAUACGAAUUAAAAUUCCUUCGAUAUAUGUUUUGUAUAAGGUUAAGAGAUGUUACCACAUUAAUUAAAAUGGAUUGGAUUGAUGAAUCCAAGGAACCAUAUACUAAUUAAAAUUUCUUACAUAUAUGUUUCGAUAUAAGAGAUGUUACCACAUUAAUUAAAAUGGAUUGGAUUGAUGAAUCCAAGGAACUAUAUACUAAUUAAAAUUCCUUCGAUAUAUGUUUUGUAUUAGGUUAAGAGAUGUUACCACAUUAAUGUAAAUGGAUUGUAUUGAUUGACUGACUUACCAGUCAAUCAACGCAUAGUAAUAACUGUACAAGCUAAGAAAGCUGACUUUUAUAGAAGCUGUCAUUUAUAUUUUCAAUUUAUAUUUUAAAUGCCACCCCUUCGUGACAGGACAAUAACUGUUGUAUGCCUCAUUUAAUGAGUUUCAAAAACGUAUA